ACGCUCCUUAAUCCUGUAUGUAAAUCCCAGCCAAUGGAUGCUGUUGUUGAGUUGGGCUGGGAUUAGCGGAGGCGAAUGAGUUUCAAUUUUACUGGAUUACAGAACAAAGAAAGGGGAAAGGGGACACUCUGCUCCGUUAAAGAAAAACAGAAAGAAAAAAGGACGGGAAAACAAGACUAAAUAAUCUCGCCGAAAAUAUUCCCGAGGAACGAGUGAGCCAGCUCAGGAACAUGGUGCAGAUUAUGAGAUUUCAUCAACUCGCCGUGCUUUUUCUUUAGAUGGGAAUUCCGCCCUCACUAUUGGAUUAAACGGAGAAUAAGCCUAUUCCGGGAUUGACAGCAUAAGGUAAUUAAAACGGGGAAAUCUGAGGGAUGGCCCAGUUGCGGAAGCUCGGCUGUGAUGGGCUGCGGGUGAACUCUCGUGCUGAGCUCCGGGGGCCGCAGGUUUCUGCCAGACAGGAGAUCCUCACCAGCCUGGUAUCAGCUCUGGACUCUGUGUGCUCUGCUAUGUCAAAGCUGAAUGCCGAGGUGGCAUGUGUCACUGUGCAUGAGGAUAGCGUGAUCGCUGUGGGAACAGAAAAGGGAAGAAUUUUCCUCAAUUCCAGGAAGGAAAUACAGACGGACUUUCACAAAUUCUGCAGGGUGUCCUGUCUGCAAGCAUUAAAUUCAGUCAACUCCCACGCCAAAGUUCCUGAUGCAGAAUGCAGCCGGACUGGCAAAGACACUGGACAGCCUGGGAAGCAGCGAGCCUUAACGGACUCUCACUCCAAUAUCUUUGUUCUGAGGAAGAUGGUAGAGGAAGUCUUCAGUGUACUUUAUAGUGAGGCUGUAGGGAAGAGCAGCCUGGUCCCUGUGCCUUAUGAGUGGAUUCAGAAGGAGCCUAGUGCUGUGGUCGUCCAAGGCCUGCCUGACGGCGUGACCCUGAGAAAGCCAGCAGAGUAUGACACCAAGACCUUAAUGAAGAUCCUGGAGCAGAGCAACCGCAUUCGCUUCAUUGUCAAACGACCACCAGAUGAGCCCUUGCGUGAUGGCAAAUCCUGUCCGGAAACUAAUCACCACUCCUCCUCGGCCUCCAAGGGCGCCAGCAACCACGCCCCCGUCAAACCCCCUGCACAGGAAGUGCCUGCCAGCAGCUCCAUGCUGUCCAGCUUCCUGUAUGGCAUGCCCAUGUCCUCCCAGCCCCACCCGGACAGUAAGCUGGAGUUGAAGUCCUCGGCCCUGCAUGGCCUGGGCAAGGAGCGACAGGCCAUGUGGGCAUCGGGUGAUGAAAAGGUGUCUGCGGCCAAAGAUGGGCCUGACAGCGGUGAGAGGAUAGCAUUGGCAGGAGAACUCGGCCAGAGCCCUCCCAGCAUCCACGUCUCCAAGCGACUUCUGUUUUCCAUAGUCCAUGAAAAAUCAGAAAAAUGGGACGCGUUCAUCAGGGAAACAGAGGACAUCAACACACUUCGAGAAUGCGUACAGAUCCUCUUUAACAGCCGCUAUGCCGAAGCUCUGGGCUUGGAUCAUAUGGUUCCUGUGCCAUACCGUAAGAUUGCCUGUGACCCUGAAGCGGUGGAGAUCAUUGGAAUUCCAGACAAGAUUCCCUUCAAGAGGCCGUGCACCUAUGGAGUGCCUAAACUCAAACGGAUCUUGGAGGAGAGGCACAGUGUUCGCUUUGUAGUCAAAAGAAUGUUUGAUGAGCGGAUCUUCACAGCUGCAGGAAAGGUUGCUAAGGAGGAGGGCAAGCAAGAUGGUUUGUCCCUCGAAGAAGGCUUCCCAGAAGGCCUCAGGGUGCCGAGCUCAGCACUGGAACUAGUCAGCAACACCCACAGCAGCAGAUCCACCAGCUCCUGUGUUAGUCCCUUGGCAGAGUGUGAAGCAGGGCCUUCGGGAGACUGUGUACCUUUGAAAAAGAUCAAAACAGAACCACCAGACGGUGAAAUUAUUCAGGUGACUGUGCCAGAGUCAACUGCAUCCUCGGAGGAGCCAAGUGAGCCUCAGGCUGACCUAGUGACCCCUGACCUCCGCCGCCCCCUGGAGCCCCUAGCAGCUGAAGCACUGGCACAGAAGUCUACACCCCAGGGGCUCAAGAGAGUUGUUGAAGAAGACAUCGGAGAGAUGAUUCUUCAGCUGCGAAAGCAAGUAGAGAGUCUUUUCAGCACAAAAUAUGCUGAGGCUCUUGGCCUGCCCGAACCAGUUAAGGUGCCCUACUCCAAGUUCCAGAUGUAUCCAGAGGAUCUAUACAUUACAGGACUGCCAGAAGGAAUUACAUUUCGGAGACCAAAUUGCUUUGGAGCUGCCAAACUGCGGAAGAUACUUGGUGCCAGUAGCCAGAUCCAGUUUAUCAUUAAAAGGCCAGAGUUGUUAACAGAAACGCAACUUAAGCAUGAGCUCCCCCCUCAACCAGCUUGUGACCCAGUAGAGUCUGACCCCAAAGACAACCUGGUCGAAGACCCCGGGCCUGCGUCCAAAAGGCCUGCAUUCUCCGAUAGCUUAGAAGCUAAACUUUCCCGUAUCGAUUUGGCGAACACCCUGAGGGAGCAGGUCCAGGAUCUGUUCAACAGAAAGUAUGGUGAGGCACUUGGCAUUAAGUAUCCAGUGCAAGUGCCUUACAAGAGGAUCAAGAGCAACCCUGGCUCUGUGAUAAUCGAGGGCUUACCCCCUGGCAUCCCCUUCAGGAAGCCCUGCACCUUUGGCUCGCAGAACCUAGAGAGGAUACUGGCAGUGGCUGAUAAAAUCUCCUUCACCAUUACGAGGCCUUUCCAAGGACUUAUACCCAAACCAGCACCACGGAGAAUCACCUUACUAAAAAAGGCAUAUGCCUCAAUAAGUGAUGAUGAAGAGGUCAGUCGUAUGGGGGAAAAGGUCAUCUUGCGUGAACAAGUAAAAGAGCUGUUCAACAAGAAAUACGGGGAGGCCCUCGGCCUGGAUCGAUCCGUUGUGGUUCCAUACAAGUUGAUCCGGGCCAGUCCGGACUCAUUGGAGGUUUGUGGACUUCCAGAUGAUAUUCCGUUCAGGAACCCCAACACUUACGACAUAGUUCGAUUAGAGAAGAUCCUUCAGGCUCGAGAUGACAUCACCAUCAACAUCAAAACCCCUUUACAGCCUUUUGUACAGCUUUGUCCUCAGACUUGUAACACAGAAGGGAAGGAAGUUUCAGUUAAUCGACGCAAACGCAAGCGGGUUCUGGAGAGCAGUCGAGCAGCCAUUCCCUCAGGAGCUGACCCCGCCGCUUCGGCCAACCAGAUUCCAGUAAUGCAAUGGCCCAUGUACAUGGUGGACUACAGUGGAGUGAAUGUCCAAGUUCCAGGGAAGGUCAAAUACUAAUGGACCACCUGAUGCCCCCAUCUGAAGGAAGAGUGAGGGGAUGUGUUCAGACAGACAUCCGUUUUAAAAUCAGCUUUUUUUGGAGUGCUGUGGCUGAUAUCGUGGUAUAGCGAGAGACUUGCGUAGAUGCUGGCAAUCACAAACUCCUCGAGCGCGAUGCUGAACAGAACGUUUCUCGUCACGGUUUCAGGACGCCAAGUGCCGAAAAUGUGAAUUUGCUCGGCACUAACUCAGAUCGUUACUUCCCCGUUUGUCAGUGCUUUAUUUUUAAGGUUGUAAAAGGAGUAUUUUCUUUUUUAAUUUCUGGUAAUGUGUUACUUUGCAUUAUGCGCAGGUAGUCAAAAAAAUUGCUCAGAUGUUUGUUUUUUUUAUCACUUAUAAGCACCAACAAAUUUCAGUCACAUUCACACAUCAUAGUUGAAUAUUUCUCAAGCUGGAGACUGCUUGAGAUUUCAUGUUGGAGUUUUUGGGCUGCAUUUACCACAGCUUCACUUUUUCUUUCUACUUUAUUCUUCCUACCUACUUUUAUUACCUUUCUGGCACACUGGAUCACAGUUAAGUUGUUGGGAAGAGGUUGAAUCCUUGUUUACUUAAAAACAUGUUGACUACUUGUAGACAAAAACACUGUACUGCUCAGGAAUGCUUGUAUGGUUCAGAUGGUCAUUCUGACAGAUUGCAGUACACUGCAGGAAGUGUAGGGGGCGAUAUGGCUUCUGUUGUUUUGUUUCAGUCAGAGAAUUUGUAGAAAGGAGAAUUGCCACUCAGUAAUGUCUUUUGGGUUAAUAUGGAGCUUUUGAGCAAAAUCAUAGUUUAUAAAUACUUAGACAUUUUUAUAUAGAAAAAUACAUUAAUUUCCUGAACACAGAACAGUAUAAAACAUUGUAACACUGCUGUUACAUUUUGAAGCGCUUUUGAACUCCAGUUACAGAACUUUAUAACUGUCUGUAAGCGUGAACUGCUACAAUCAGCCAAUGAGAUUAUGCGCUCGCCAAUCAAUCAGCGCUCAGUAGUAGUAAUACUAGUGUCCUACUGCCAAAAGCCUGUUUGUUGUAGAAAAAAAGGAAAUGUACAUGUUAGUUUUCUUUGCUUUUUAGUAAAAUAUAUGUGGACAAGUGGUUAGAAACUAUUUAACAUUUUGUUUUUAGCAGUUUUAAAAUUUAUUUAGGACUUGCUUGCAGGCGCCCUCUGGUGUUUUGCGGUCAAGUUUUAUAUAAUGGGAAAGAUAGGAAGUGGCCAGGCUUCCCUUAAACUGGCUCUGUUUCACUAUAAAAGGAGUGAACAGUGCUGUGAUGGGACAGGAUGACCGGAAACAGCAGAAAGCAUAAUGGCUUAAUUAGUUAUUUUAACUAAAAAGUAACUUACUUUUUUUGGUCCACGUAGCGAUGCAAUAUAGGACUAACAGCUGUCAUUAUGGGUUACAUCUGAGACUAUUUGUUUUUAUUUUUAGCUGAUAUAUAUUCAAAGAGUUUGUUCUCCCACAAGUGGGAAUUUAAAAUCUUAUGUUGCCUGUUUUUUUCAGUGCCUGAAUUUCCUCCUCCUGAGAUCGCUCCCUCACUUGACUAGCAGUCUGGUGUCUUGCAUUGUCUUUCUGGAAUGUCCAGUCAGUGUUUGUGGUUUUCCUCCUUUAAGUGAACAGGAGAGAUAGAGCUCUUCCUCAAGCACCUCAAAAACAGUGGUCAUCUGAGCAAUUCUUUAUGACUGCCCGUGUAGAAUUGCGCUCUUUUAAGGCCUUGCAAACAAUAGACGACUAACACUCUCACUGAGGACAACAGAAAUGGAUUUGAGGGAACACCUUGAUUCCCAGACAAGACUCAUUAUCCAUAGGAUGCAAAACCUCGACUGGUGCUGAGAGCGUACACAUAUGUACUGCAAACUACUCCUGUAGUAACUGGGUCUUACGCCUAGCGAAAUGUUUGUAUUAUUAUUUAUUUAUUUAUUUAACUAUGAGUAAAGAAACAUGUAUAUGCAGGGAAUGUAAACAAUUCGGCACAGAGCAUUGAGUGCUGAAACGCCAUGACUGAUAACACUAAAACAGUUAGCUACUGAUAUAUUCAGAGUUAUUUUGCCCUUUUUUUUUUUUUUUUUUUCUUUUUCCUUUUUUGCUUCAGGGGUUCAUACAGUGGAGCAUCCUAACACAAUAGCACUAACUUAUAUUCCAAUGAAAGACUUUUUUAUCAUUAUUGUAGCGUUGUAAGAUACUCUAACGUUCGUGGAACGUGGAGGAAAAGUAAGAUAUUUGAUGGAGAAAACAUCAUGAAUGUAUUGUAUGUAAAAGAAAGAAUGGUAUGUUAUUCUGUAAGGACUGUCUCUGGAACCACCAGUAUUUAUAUGCUGUACCUUAAUGCCAUUUAGGCCUUUCAAAUAAAAUGUGUUGCCUUGCGUUCAUUGCUUCUGAA